AUGAUCCCCUCGCGGCAUUCAUCCUCCAGUACCCUUACGCCCGACACAAGAGAGUCAGCCACCGCAUCCGUCCGCCCGCGGAACCGUCGCCUUCUCACGACGCAAGACGACGCCGGCUCGUCUUCUGCUCUGUCCAGUCCCAACCGCACACCCAGUCGAGGUGCCUCACCAAUCCCGUCCACGCAUAUUGGAUCCGUGACGGGGAGGAACGAUUCAAGCGCAGAUAUUGUACAGAGAAACGCCCGAGGAAAGAGCCCAGGCGUCGCCCGCGGGCUUCUCGAUGCAUCGUGGGCGCCUAGCUGGGCCUCGGUGCAGCAGUUGGCGUCGUCGCUCCUUGCGGGUGUGGCGGAGGGAUCUGGCGUGCGGCCGAGCAGCAGGGAAGGAAGCAAGUUGCGAAAGCCGACCGGCCAGGUCAGAUAUCAGGAUGACCGGAGGAACGACAACUGGGGCCCUGAACCACCGGCCGAGACAAGACCGCGUCCGCAAGACAUCGCUGCGGGAUCACUCGCGAAGAGGGAGGCCGCGCUGAAGGCCAUGCGCACGGUAAGCAUCCUUGAAAGCCACGACGGCGUCAAUGGCGGACUGGACGUGACCGGAAGGUUCAAGAAGCGGAGCUCGGAUGAGGACCUGCGAGGGACGGCUCAGACCCAGGGAGCUGAAGAAUAUCUGGCCUACAUCCAUCACGUCCAAACGACAGACACCUAUGCAGGGGUCGUGCUAAAGUACAGAUGCCGGGAGGACGCCUUUCGCAAGGCGAAUGGGCUCUGGUCGCGGGAUAGCAUCCAGGUUCGGAAAUGGCUAGCCAUACCGGUGGAGGCCUGCGAGGUCAAAGGUCGUCCUUGCGAUCCGCCCACGAAUCCGUCGUCGAAAGUCGACCUGCUAUCCAGAACCCCGGAUGCGAGAGAUCCAUUCGGCCGUGACGGCCAAGACGGCUUCUUCGCCAGCUCCGCAAACGGGAAAUCAAAUCAAACAACAAGUGAAGAGGACAGCAAACCAUGGACGCACGUGCGGUGGGUUUCGAUAGACUCUCAUCCACAUCCGGUCGAGGUCGCGCGGGUUCCGCGGAAAGCGCUCGGCUACUUCCCGCCGCGGCGGAAGAAGAGCAUACACACCACAUCCACCCUCUCCACCCCGCGCGCCUCGACCGACCUACCGACUGUCACCGUCUCCGAGUCGGGCGUCGAAAGCCCACGCAGCACUUCCUCCCGCCGACCUAGUCUCCUUUCCAAUCGCGGCGCGUCUAGCGCCUCGACGCCACGGAACCGCCUCAGCAGCUUCGGCAGCAACACCGACGACCGCCGCCCCGCUUGGAUGCGCCGCCCCGGCGGCGUCGGCUCCCUAGACAGACACGUGCGCGAGCCGGGUCCCGAGCGGGACUACUUCAACACGUGGACCAACAAGCACCUCCCCGGGCUCAACAUCGACUCCCUGCCGUCCAUGUCCGUGAUGGGAUCGGAAAGCGCCCGGUUCGGCUUCGCGCGGCCCGACGACAAUGCCCCGGUCGCCAUCGUCGAGAGUCCCUUCGAGGAGGGCCGCGACGCGACGUCGGCGAGCCGGCAGGGCACGGGGCUGGACAAGGCGGCGGCGGCGAUCGAGACGUGGAUCAGGGGCGCGUUUGAGCGCGCCCGGCAGGGCCCGCUGACGCCUGUGUUGGGCCCGCCCGGGAGGCAGGGUGCCGGCGGGGCCGGGGUUGCCGGUGCGCCAGAUAGGGGCGGGGAUCUGAUCGAGCUUGCGGACACGGGCAGCGACGACGGGAGGUACGAGUCGUCGGCCUGGGACACGGGAGGGCUGCUCAGCUCUCUGUCGGGCCCGGCUUCCGGCAGCGCAUCCCGGGACCGGCCUGGCACGGGGAGCAGUCCCGGCAGGCACAUGCCCAUCUGCAUCGAGUGCCGGCACCCCGUCAAGACGCUCUGGCGCGAGGGCGGCGGCGACAAGUCGGGCGGGCACAACAUCCGGCUGACGGUGUGCAAGAACUGCGGGCGCUUCUGCGACAAGUACGUUGAGCACGACUUUGUCGUGCUGUUCAUCGACCUCGUCUUGAUCAAGCCGCAGGUGUACAGGCAUUUGCUGCAUAAUACGUUGAUGAAGGAUGAGGACGAGUUUGCGCCCUCCAUUAUCCGCCUCGGCAUCCUCCUCCUGCUCUUCGAUGUUUACCUCACCUGGGCCCGCAUCGAGCGGCAGUCCGUCCCCGAUGCCGAUUCCGCCGACGGAAGCAGCACCAACUUCGGCCGGCUCGCGCAGCAGCCGAUAGUCUACCAAUACAUGUUCUUCUUACUCCUCUGCACGCUCUCCACCGUGGCCUUCCACGGCUCCAUCCGCUUCCUCACCUCGUCGCCCUACUCCCCGCUGGCCCUGCUGGGCGUCCUGCCGCGGUACCCGCGCCCCAACUCGGUCUCGACCGCGCUGCUCGUGUCGUCGUCGACGAAGCUGUUCCCCAUCCUCAUGGUCAUAUGGGAGUACGACGUGCCCGCCGCGGCCCGGUCGCUGGGGUGGGCGGUGGUGGCGAACAAUGUUGAGGCGCUGAAGAUCCUGCUGGACUGCGGGUACGGCGUGGCGGCGCUGCUGGCCACGGCCGGCGCGGUCAGUCGCUGGGUGGUAGGGCGGGCGGUGCUGUGGGCGGCAGGGCUGGAGGGCGUCGAUUCGGCCGGCGAGGCCGGCGUUGCCGAGGAUGGGAGGGCGUUCGUGGCGAUGCUGAUGUACGUGAGGGACUGGGCCGGGAGGUUGGCUGUGGGUUAGUUACCGCACGUGCAAUCCUGAGGUUCCUGCUUUCCAACUUGCUUGGCCAGUCUCUUUCAGGAUUUGAUCCGGCUGGCUGACUUGUUGCUUGUAAACGUCGUUUGGAUGUGGUGUACUUUGUAUUAGCCCGCUCCCCUGGGGCUUCUUGCUGCAUGUACAAGUGAAAACAACUCGCCCCAAAAGUAGAAUCC